AUGGCUGCCGAUUUGACGGCGGCGGGCUUUUUGGCGGUGGCUGCCGAGGUGACGGCAGCGGGCGUUUUGUCGGCUGCGGCUGUGGUGGCUGCGGCUGUGGUGACGGCGGUGGCGGCUGUGGUGGCGGCAGCGGCUGCGGUGGCGACGGCGGCUGCGGCUGUGGUGACGGCGGUGGCGGCUCCGGUGGCGACGGCGGCUGCGGCUGUGGUGACGGCGGUGGCGGCUGCGGUGGCUGUGGUGACGGUGGCGGGCUUUUUGGCGAUGGCUGCCGAGGUGACGGCAGCGGGCGUCUUGGCUGUGGUGACGGCGGUGGCUUCGGUGGCGCCGGCGGCGGGCUUUUUGGCUGCGGCGGCUGUGGUGACGGCUGCGAUGCCUGCGGCGGCGGCGGCGGCUGUGGUGGCGGUGGCAGGCUUUUCGGCAGUGGCGGCCGACGUGACAGCGGUAGGCUGUUUGGCUGCGGCGGCUGUGGUGGCUGCGGCGGGUUAUUUGGCUGUGGAAGCCUGGGCGCCGGAGGCAGGCCGCUUGGUGAUGGAAUUGGGGGUGACAGCGGCGGGCUGUUUGGCGGCGGCGGUGGUGGUGGCUGCGGCCGGCUUUUUCGCGGCGGCGGCUGUGGUGACGGCGGCGCUUCCGGCUAUCUUACAAGAGUGA